UGUAACAAGACAUAAAGGCUUGUUGUGAAACUAUUUCAGACCAACAGCCAUUCAGUGGAUUGUGGUUGAAGGACCUACUUUUUGUUGUUGUUGUUGUUUUUGUAUUUAUUGGAGCUUCCACUUGGCUCAUUAUGACAUUUCUGUUUCUCUUGACUGUCCUGACAACAGCUGUCACCACACAGGUGGCCGCUGGCUGCCCGGCGGAGUGUGUGUGCGCCGCAGAGCCCCCGGCCUGCCCUCCGGGCGUGAGCGCGGUGCCAGACGGAUGCGGCUGCUGCAAGGUGUGUGCCGGCCAGCUCAACCAAGACUGCGGCGCCACGAGGCCCUGCGACCACCACAAAGGCCUGGAGUGCAAUUACGGCAACGACGUGACCAUGGCCAGCGGCGUCUGUCGAGCCAGAUCAGAGGGACGCACAUGUGAGUACAACGGCAGGAUUUAUCAGAACGGCGAGGGCUUCCGCGCCGGCUGUAAACAUCAGUGCACCUGCAUCGAUGGAGCUGUGGGCUGCGCGCCGCUCUGCGCCAACAAGCUGCCGCCGGCGUCGCCGUCCUGCCCCGACCCCCGGCUGGUCAGGGUGCCCGGGCAGUGCUGCUUCAGUGUGGACUGCCACCGAGGCACCUGGCGCCUUCCACCAAAGAAACAGGUGCCUCCACCUCGACGGCAUCUGCCCCGUCUGCAGCAGCAUCCUGGAAACGAGCUGCUCGUCUCCAACAAGUUCACAGACAGCUGGGAGAGCGAGCGCGGCUACAGACACCUGCCAGAGUGGAACCACUUGAAGGCGAAUUCGUGUCCGACCCAGACCACCGACUGGUCGCAGUGCUCCCGCAGCUGUGGGAUGGGCGUUUCCUCCCGCAUCACCAACAGAAAUCCCAAGUGCAAACUGGAGCGGGAGACGAGGAUCUGCACCGUUCGACCCUGCGGCAGCCAGACUCUCCCGGCCAAGAAAGGGAGGAGCUGCUCGCCGACCCACAAGGCCGCCGCGCCCGUCCACCUGUCCUACGGCGAGUGCGUGAGCGUCCGCCUCUACCGGCCGAACUACUGCGGCGUGUGCACGGACGGCGGGCGGUGCUGCUCGCCGCGCCGCACGCGCACCGUGCCCGUGACCUUCGUGUGCCCGGACGGCGAGCGCUUCCGGCGCUCGGCCAUGUUCAUCCAGUCGUGCAGGUGCGGCGAGGACUGCGGCCACCUGAACGAAGUGGCCCUCCCUCCCCAGCACUGGAUGCACGGAGACACACACCAGUUCGUCGACUAACUCCGAGGGCCUCGAGGAGGAAGGCGCUUUGAGACGAGGGGCCACUUGACAGCCACGGACCACAGGCUGUCAGAAAGGCCAUCCAGAUUGGACUUUUCCCCGACCGGAGCGGACGGAUCGCCCGUCCCGCUCCUGUUCAAACCGACGUGGGACCUAAAAUAGAGCCCCGAAAGAGCCUGAAGCUCCCUGGCAGGUUCAGGCGUGGAGGAAUCCAAGAGGAGGAACGCUUCAGAGCAACAAAGCACUUUAUUUAGCACUGAAAAUCUCAGCAAUGCACCAAGAACACCAUCGCCUUAUCGACAUCGAUGACUUUAUCUCUGGUAGCGGUGACGGCCUCAUUUCUCACAAAACACCACGACUACUCAUGAUGCAAAAAAAUAUUUUGCAAAUUUAGUAGAAAACUUCACCAGUGACUUUUUCUUACUGUACAUGAUCCACAGACAUUUAUGGUGCCUUUUUAUGGCGCUGCAGCCAAGUACGCACAUCAACAAGCGACACGGCUUCCUUUCUGUCUGUCAGACAAGGAAGUCUAUCUUUGAGCAAGGACUUGAACUGAUUGAUUUCUUUAUUUUUGCAUUAAAUGCAGCUUAGAAAAAUGUCUUAAACAUGUACUUUGUGUUUGGAUCUUUGUCUCUCCUGUAAAUACAUUUAA